CUUGAAGAUAGUAAAAAAAAAAAGAAGAAAAAAAGGAAGCUUAUAUCAGCAUAUUUCUUCAAGCAAAUCGAUACUUUCACUUAUUAUAAUGUAAUUUAGCCUUAUAUACAGACUUUACAUCUAUGCCACAGAAUCAUGCGGGUCUUUCUCCCGCCACCGUCGAGACCAUUGCCGGUCUGUCCGCCGGGUCCAUAGCCACGCUUGUCGUCCAUCCUCUCGACAUCGUCAAGACCCGGAUGCAGAUCCACCAGCGCGCUGCCGCGAGCUCUCAUCAACCUCUCACCACCAUGUCGUUGAUCCGCUCCCUGACGCAGACGCCCCACCCCGUCGCGUCCCUCUACCGAGGCCUGGCCCCCAACAUGCUCGGGAAUGCCUGCAGCUGGGCCUCCUUUUUCUUCUUCAAAUCCAACGCCGAGCGCGCCAUCCUGGCCCUGAAGGCUUCUCCCGACGGCGACGGCGCCGGCGCCUCGCUCGCGCCCCGGGACUACUUCCUGUCCUCGGGCCUGGCCGGCCUGGUCACCCAGGUCCUGACGAACCCGAUCUGGGUCAUGAAAACCCGCAUGCUGUCGUCCGACCGGACCGCCGCGGGCGCGUACCCGAGCAUGCGGGCUGGCGCCGCGCACAUCCUGCGCCGCGAGGGCUGGAAGGGGUUCUACCGCGGUUUGGGGAUCAGCCUGUUCGGCGUGGUUCACGGAGCCGUGCAAUUUGCCGUCUAUGACCCGGUGAAGAGGCUAUACUUUGCGCGGCGAGGCCCCUUUUCGGCUCUGGGCGAACCAGAGGACCCGGCAAGACAGAGGAAAAUGGGUACCGAGGCAACCCUCGUGAUCUCCAGCAUCGCCAAGUUGGUUGCCGGCGCCGUGACCUAUCCCUACCAAGUAAUCCGCAGCCGCCUGCAGAACUACGAUGCCGAUGUGAGGUUCGGAAGGGGCAUCAAAGGAGUUGUGAGAAGGACGUGGGCGGAGGAAGGAUGGCGAGGUUUCUACCGUGGCAUCAUACCUGGGGUCGUAAGAGUCCUCCCUGCCACCUGGGUUACGUUUCUCGUGUACGAAAAUGUCAAGUUCUACUUACCUCAGCGGCCGACCUAGUCAUAACAGGUCUAGGACUGUUUUUUUUUUUUUUUUUUUUAAAAAAAAAAAGGCCCUUCAAUGUCUAUCAACAUAGAAAAAGGCUCAGCCUAAG